AUGGAUGAAAUCUUAGAGUCAUAUUUACAACCCUCUGCUGCACAUGUCAUGAAGCAGCCAGGGUUCCAUCAAGCCUGUGAAGUAGCCUUUGCUGAGUGUGGUGGUGCAGUAAAGGCCUACAUUGUUGAACAAGAAUUACGAGAUUUCAUCCAACCUGCUAUUUCCAGCUGGGAGGAGGAUGAGGUUCAUGAGCUUUUUGUUCUAUUUGAUAACAAUAAUGAUGGAAAAAUUGACAAGGGUGACUUUCUUUCUUGCCUUAGAAGAAAUCCUCUUCUCAUAGCUUUAUUUAAACCUCAACCGCAAUACAAGGAGUCUGUUGGUAAUGGAGUGCUAGAGAGUGUGAUGGGUUGAUUUUACAAAGCCAUAUUUCAGUUAAUCUGAUCCAACGCUAGUUUUGGUUCAGAGACCAUAUUGGCAUUUAGGGUCAGUGGGGUUCAUGUAAGGUUUGAACCAACUUGUGAAUCUUUCGUUAGUAACAAACAUCAUGAGUGUGUUUUCAAAGAUGGGGGAACAUGACUAAAGUAAUUAAUUG